UCUUUGGCUUUCGAUCUUUUCGCGUCCACCAUCCACUCAAUUUACUCGUGUUCAACGAUGCACAUGUUGUUUUGUUCUGUUGUUUGUUUCAAUGUUUCUCAAUAUCAUGUACUAUGACUUGGCCAACGAGACCAAAUCAACAGAUGGACUGAAUCUAUCGUUCGGUCCCAUUCGCAUCGGUCCGCAGCAGAUCAUGAUUGGUGUGAUUGUUGAAGUGUUUGCAUUGAUUCCCAGCUUGUUGCUUGUUCAGCUAUUUCGUCGUGUUCGUCCUCGUGGACAAAAACAAUCAUCAUUGCGUCAAGCGUUGUACAAAAUGAAAGGCAAUGUUGAAAACAAUGUCAGUGAGCAGAAGCAGCAGCAGAAGAAGAACAUGGAGAAAAAGAAGAAAACAUUAAUGUUUCCAUGGUGGUUUGUUUUGCUUGGUUAUGGGCUAUGUCUAAUCAGUGUGACUGUUUCCAUUUUGUUCAUCAUUGCUCGCGGCAUUGAAUUUGGUGAUGAGAAGACUGAGAAAUUGUUGAUAUCCAUUAUCAGUGGUUUAUUUUCUUCGAUUCUGUUCACUCAACCACUGAGAAUCAUAGCAUUGGCCAUCUUCUUUGCUUGCUUUUGUCGAAGUCCACAAAAUGAUAAAGAAGCAGACGAGUUGUUAAAUGACGGCGAUCAAAUCGAUCUACAAGCUGACGAAGAAUAUCUGCAUGUAUUGCAGAACAAAUCUUUGUUCACUCGCCCAGCAUCUUUUCGUGUUCAUCGUUUGAACGAAGGUGAAAUUAUUCGUUUGCGCGAUGUACGAUUGAGACAGAUGCAAAUGUGGUCUGUCAUUCAUGAAAUAAUGCUGCGUGCGUGUUUUUUGUCAGUAGUUUAUGUGUUGAUCUAUUCGAGUCGAGAUUCAAAUGCAUUUCAUCAGGUGCAUCAUCUCAGAAGAUAUUUCCUCAAUCCAACACAAGCUGAUCUUGAUUAUACAAAAAUUUCAACUGUUGAUCAGUAUUGGCAUUGGUUGGAGAAGAGUUUUGUCGGUGAUCUUCGUGCACAGCAGUGGUACAAUGGUGAUCCGCCUCGAUAUCUCGCUGGUUUCAUUGAUGAUAAAGCGAAUCGUUUGAUUGGAUGGGCAACGAUGAGACAGUUGAGAGUUAGAUCUGCCUUGUGUGAAAUGCAAAAUAGCAUCUCUUCGAUAUGUCAAGGUGACUAUAGUGUGAGGAAUGAAGAUCGAGAAUCGUAUGCACCUGGGUGGUUUAAUCGAUCGUCACAAACGUAUCAUUCAUCAGUUGGAAAAGCAUUUCGAUACACAUCUGGUGAUGAGCUAGACACAUAUGUAUAUGUUGGAGAUCAUGCAAGUUAUGCAAGUGGUGGUUAUGUGUAUGAAUUUCGUGGUCGAUUGAACGAUGUUCAAAGUAAUGUUUCUGCACUUCAUCAACUCGGUUGGAUUGACAAUCAGACUCGAGCUGUGAUCAUUCAGAUGACUUUGUACAAUGCUAACGUUGAACUGUUCACCGGCGUGACUUUUCUUGCUGAGUUUCUUUCAUCAACUGGAGUGUCGACGAGUGCUCGUUUUGAACCCAUUACUUUCUAUGCGUUCAGAUCAAUUUUUGAGUUAGUUUGCAUAAUUAUAUAUAUGCUGGUGAUCUUGUACUUCAUGUGGAUUGAAGCGAGAUCAUUGUUUGAUCUAAGAUGGAAAUACUUUGUUAGCUUUUGGCGCUAUGCUCAGCCGGGAAUUAUCAUUUGUUCAUGGGCAAGUGUUGUCAUCUACAUCUGGCGAUACAGAGAAAGUCAACGAAUCGGUCAGUUAUUUGAAGAAACGAAUGGUUACGUUUAUGUCAAUCUACAAUUAGCCAUAUAUGUCAAUGAUGUUCUAACAUAUUUGUUGGGUUUCUGUUGCUUUUUUGGUACAAUUCAAUUGACUAAAUUAUGUCGACAUAAUUCACGACUUUGUUUGUUCAUUCAUACACUUCAGUAUUCUGCUAAAGAACUAUUAUCAUUUUCAGUGAUGUUCUCGUUAGUGUUUACAUCAUUUAUGUGUCUCUUUUAUCUCUUAUUUCAGUCGAAACUGCGAGAAUGUGCAAGUCUAUUGGGAACGGCACAGAUGUUAUUCGAAAUGACAUUGAUGAAAUUCAACGCACAGGAGCUGAGUGGAGCAGCGACAUUUCUUGGUCCCUUUUGCUUUAGUUUAUUCAUAAUAUUUGUGGUGUUCGUGUGUAUCAGUAUGUUUAUGUCAAUUAUUAGUGAUAAUUUCCGUUGCAUACGAAAAAAUGUCGAUGAUAAACACACUGAAGUAUUUUCGUUGAUGUUCGAAACCUUUGUAAAAUGGAUAGGAUUGAAAAGUGUAACAAAAGAAGAGAUUCAAGCUGAACGAGAUGCACAAAUGCAUGAAGAGUAUUACGACCCGAUUGAACGCUUUCCAGAAAAGAUUGAUCAAUUAUUAUUCGCUCUGAAUGAAAUCUAUAUGGAUUAA